AUGAAACUCUUGCGAAAGAAUACCGAUCUUCAGAGCUUCGUUGGGGAUGCCACGGAUGAGGAUGAUGACGACCAUUCCUCAAUUCCACCUCUCGACUCAAUUCUACCAAAAGCCCCAACGCAGAAAAUUGAUAUUGAUAUUGUUGACGAUAAAAAUGAUCUUACGGAGAUCAAUCUUGAGUCCACAGCUGGCACAAACCAAACCGAGUCCCUUGAGUCGAUAGCCCGGACGGAUCAAAGUUCGGAUGUUAACGUCUGGGACUAUAUAGCUGAUGAUGAUGAUGAUAACAACCUACAAGUAUCCGCCGAUGUUGGAUCUUCAUCCUUGAACAUCCUGGACUAUUUGGUUAUUCCCCAGAGGGCGGGAAGUAUUGAUGGAUUAAACCCCUUUUAUUACCAGGACCGCGAUGAUGUUUGGACAAUAGGUUCAACAACGAGCUUUCUAAGGGACAAAUCCCCAUCCGCAGACGGUAUAGCUCCCAAAGCUACGGAAAUACUUUCAAAGAGCCGAAAGUUCGCUUCAUUCACCGGUCUCUCACCGGGAGGAAUGGAUGAUACAUUAUCUUCUUCAAAUAGCGAUGGUCAACCAGAAAAUAAAUCAUCACCUGAUUCUAGCGAGGAAACAAAGCCUUGUCCUAUCUUUGCCUGGGAAUCCAAUACGACGGUCGGGAUACAGAUUGAUGUUUCUCACAGUCAGCCAGGGGUUCCUGAUCGCUUCAAAGACAUCGACAGCAAGAUUCAGGCGCUGCUAGAGGACCAAGAUGAGCUAGCUUUAUGGUCCGUCAAGCAUGCCGGGGAGCUAGCAGCAGUACAAGAUGUUCCAGAAUUCUCCAGAGUGCCACUGGAAGCGCUCAUGGCGCGAGCCCAAGUCAAAUUGAUACAGUUGGAUGAACAUGGUGGGUUUUCGGAGGAAAGAGCAAAAUGGGGAUUAAAAAGCAGGUGA